AUGCGCAAGUUUGAGAACUGCGUGCUACUCACCCGUGUUGGCAGCUUCUACGAGCUCUACUUCGACAAUGCUGAGGAAUAUGGUCCUUUACUCAACCUCAAGGUGUCGAAGAAGAAGACGAACAAGGGACCGGUGUCCAUGGCAGGAUUUCCGUUCUUCCAGCUUGACCGAUUUCUCAAGAUAUUGGUCCAAGACCUCAACAAGUACGUCGCCAUCAGCGAAGAGUUCGCCAAUGAUGCUGUCAAGAAGGUCAAGUCGGGUGGCCUUCUCUUUGACCGUAAGGUUACGCGGAUCAUCACGCCCGGAACAUUGAUUGAUGAAAAUUUCAUGGAUCCGUGGGAGAAUAAUUAUGUUCUGAGCAUCCAUCUCGAAGAUGCGGCGUCUCGAGACAGAAGAAAUCCUGAAGAGCAAACGACUGAAAACGACGCUGAGUCCCUCGCCGAGACAGGACCAACGGAGGUAGGACUGGCAUGGCUUGAUUUGUCAAGCGGAGACUUCUUUACGCAAGCUACGGACUUCCCCUCGCUUUCAUCCGCUAUUGCCCGGAUCGGGCCUCGGGAGAUAGUUGUUGACAGCAGUCUUGAGAGCAUAGAGCAUUCGCCUCUCAUGUCUCUGCUAAAGCAGGAUCAUCACAUCCUGACCUACCAUAAGACCGCCGGGCAUGCGAUCUCGAUCGAGAGCUGGACGCCAAUGCUCGAAGAUCCAGUCUCGAAAAACUACGCAUCUGCAUUCACACCAGGGGAGAUAACAGCCGGAAGCUUCCUCUUGGACUACAUCAGGACUCGGCUUCAAGGAUCUACAACGAAGCUACAGCCGCCAGUCCGGUAUCAGAACACUGAAUACAUGACGAUCGACAAGAACACACUGCGUGGUCUUGAGGUGCGGGCCACUCUACGAGAUGGAAACUAUCAAGGUAGCCUGCUCCAUGCUAUCCGCAAGACGGUCACUAAGAGUGGUACUCGGCUGCUCACUCAGAGACUCACUACGCCAUCCAUGUCAUUGUCUGUCAUCAACAGCCGGCUAGAUCUAGUGUCUGAGUUGCUUGGACACACAGCCCUACGACAAGAUGUUGUGGUACUGCUGCGCCGCACAUACGACACGCUACGGCUUGUGCAGAAGUUUGCCUUCGGUAAGGGUGAUGCGGAUGACUUGCUCGGCCUCGCAAGCACUGUCCAGGUCACUCAAGACCUCGCCACUGUGCUAAAGAACCACACCGAAAGCCCAAGACGCGAAGUUAACCUGGAAGGCGAUGUUUCUCUGAGAUCCGCUCAGUCAACCUGCGUUCAGGACAUACUGAGAAGAUUGAAUUUCGAAGGCCCCGUUGAGCUCUUCCAUCGCAUCUCGGAAGCCAUUGAUGAGGACGGCUUGUCUGAGCAACAUCGUAUCCAGGAAAGUGAAGCUGCGGUUAUGGCUGGAAUUGCUGGUGAAGUACUACAGGAGGAAGCUGAUGAUGAGGAGAUUUGGAAUGUGCCGAAGCGUUUGAGGCCGAAAGAAGCGGGGAGUCCGAACAGCAACAGAACUGACACUGAAUUCAGAGAAGUGUGGAUUAUGAAGCGAAGUGCGAGUCUGACUUUGCAAAGCCUGCAUGUGGAACUGGAGAAGAUCCAGCAAGAAAAGACAGAACUCGCCGAAGAGCUGAGAGAACAACACGACGCUCCAAGCUUGACGUUACGAUGGACCCCCGGCUUGAGCUACCACUGCCACGUGAAGGGCAAAGAUGUAAAGUCGGCCAACCUAGGCCCUUCUGCAAGAAGCGUCAGCUCAAGCAGGUCAACCAAAUCAUUCCACUUGCCGGAGUGGACAAGUCUAGGCGCACGGCUGGACAAUGUGAAGAUGCGCAUCCGAGCAGAGGAGCAGCGCGUCUUCGGCGAGCUCCGUGCCCAGGUUGUUCGCAACCUCGUCAAGCUACGUCGAAACGCCGCAGUGCUGGAUGAAUUGGACGUUGCGUGCUCCUUCGCAACGCUUGCGCAUGAGAAAAGCCUCGUCCGCCCGCUACUGAAUAGUGGCACUUCCCAUAUGAUCGUGCGUGGCAGACACCCAGUCGUUGAGACCAGCUUGACUGAGCAAGGCCGCACAUUCACUGCCAACGACUGCUUCGUUGGGGAAGGCGAGAGGAUUCUGCUGUUAACAGGUCCGAACAUGGCCGGCAAGAGUACCUACCUCCGGCAGAACGCGCUGAUCUCCAUCCUCGCCCAGACGGGCUCCUUCGUACCCGCCGAGUACGCAGAAAUCGGCCUUGUCGACAAGAUCUUCAGCCGGGUAGGAUUCGCGGAUAACCUCUACCAGGACCAGUCGACUUUCAUGGUCGAAAUGCUGGAGACGGCUGAGAUCCUCAAGCAAGCAACACCGAGGUCUUUCGUCAUCAUGGACGAAGUUGGCCGCGGCACAACGCCUGAAGAUGGCAUUGCCGUCGGUUACGCCUGCCUCCAUCAUCUGUAUCAUGUCAAUCGGUGCCGGACGCUGUUCGCGACGCACUUCCACGCUCUAGCGGAUCUGACCGAAGGGUUCGAGAAGCUGGGUUGUUACUGUACAGAUGUAUCAGAGGAGGCUGGUGAUUCGUUUUCUUAUGUGUAUCGAUUGCGGAGGGGCGUCAAUAGGCGGUCGCAUGCUCUGAAGGUUGCCCGGCUAGCUGGAUUGCCGGACGAGGCCAUCGCAGUGGCAGGCCGAAUGCUCGCGGAGUUCGAACACACGAAAGGGCCGGUCGGAGAGAACCCAAUCCGCUAUGCCGAAAGCGUUACUUCCGCAAAUACAGCCGUUGCCUGA